UGCCUUUAAGGGCGUUUUUGGGGGAGGCGAGGGGAGCGGAGCGGGGCUGGACUUGGAGCGCACCGUGCAGCUAGGGAGAGGGAAGAGAAGAAAGAGGGAGAAGGAGUGAGAGAGGGAGGGGAGCUGUGGAGAAAGCUGCUCGGGACCCCCUUCCUCCUCAGGGACGGGGCCGGCGCCCCCGAGCUCCCCUGCCCCCGGCCGACCCGGGGGUGCACAGGGGAGCGGGGGGCCGGCGGGACCCCCCUGCGCCCCUCCAUCGGCGGGGUCCCGCUUGCGGGGAGCGAAACCCUUCGGGCUCUCCCCCUCCUUCCCUCCCUCCCCUCCCUCCUCCCUCCCUCCUUCCUUCCUUCCUUCUCCAGGCUUGGCCCGGGGAGGGAGGGGGGCUCUGCCUGCAGUCUGCCUUCACGCCUGCCCGCCCGGGCGACGCCGGGCUCCCGCCUGCCCCCCGCCGGCUCCCCCGGCCGCCCCUCGAGCCCCCCGGGCCAGGUGAGGCUCCGCUGCCGUCUCUUUCGGAUGUAGGCAGGCGAGACCCCGGAUGGAUUUCGGGAGCGUCAUGAACCAGGCUGUGACCCCUUGCUCCCCCGCUGUCAACUAUGAGCUGCCAUCCCCAGGGGAGAGCAUCACGAAGCAGGUAGACGCUCUGGAUGCCACAAAAUCCCCCAGAAGCGGACAGUCACGCCGCAAAACAUCCAGGAGCGUGAGCCUGACAGCCAUGGAGAGCAGCUGUGAGCUGGACCUGGUGUACAUCACAGAGCGGAUCAUUGCCGUCUCCUACCCCAGCGCGGCCGAGGAGCAGAGCUUCUGCAGCAACCUCCGGGAGGUGGCCCACAUGCUCAAGUCCAAGCAUGGCGACAACUACGUGCUUUUCAACCUCUCUGAGCGGAGACAUGAUAUCAGCAAACUUCACCCCAAGGUGCUGGAUUUUGGGUGGCCUGAUCUACACACCCCAGCGCUGGAGAAGAUCUGCAGCAUUUGCAAAGCCAUGGACACGUGGCUCAACGCAGCAGCACACAAUGUGGUCGUGCUGCACAACAAGGGGAAUCGUGGCCGGCUGGGGGUGGUGGUGGCUGCUUACCUGCACUACAGCAACAUUUCAGCCAGUGCUGACCAGGCCCUGGACAGGUUUGCCAUGAAACGCUUCUACGAGGACAAAGUGGUGCCGGUGGGACAGCCAUCCCAGAAGAGGUACAUCCACUACUUCAGUGGGCUGCUGUCCGGCAGCAUCAAGAUGAACAACAAGCCCCUUUUCCUCCACCACGUCAUCAUGCACGGCAUCCCCAACUUUGAGUCCAAAGGCGGUUGUCGGCCCUUCCUGAAAAUCUACCAGGCCAUGCAGCCCGUCUACACUUCGGGGAUCUACAACGUGCAAGGAGACAGCCAGACAGGCAUCUGCAUCACCAUCGAGCCUGGCUUACUCCUCAAAGGCGAUAUCUUGCUCAAGUGUUACCACAAGAAGUUCCGCAGCCCAACUCGUGACGUCAUUUUCCGCGUGCAGUUCCACACGUGCGCCGUGCAUGACCUUGAUGUUGUCUUUGGCAAGGAGGACCUGGACGAAGCCUUCAGAGAUGACCGCUUCCCUGAGUAUGGGAAGGUGGAGUUCGUGUUCUCCUAUGGCCCUGAGAAGAUCCAAGGCAUGGAGCACCUGGAGAAUGGGCCCAGCGUUUCUGUGGACUACAACACAUCUGACCCUCUCAUCCGGUGGGACUCCUACGAGAACUUCAGCACCCAGCGUGAGGACGGUGCAGAGGGCACCUGGACUGAGCCGCCCCUGCCCGGCAAGCAGCUGGAGAAAGAGGUUGGGCACACGCAAGGGCCUCUGGACGGGAGCCUCUACGCUAAAGUGAAGAAGAAAGACUCCCUCCACGGCAGCACCGGUGCCGUCCACACCGCCCGCCUCCCGCUCUCGGCAGCACCCAACCACGUUGAGCACACGCUCUCGGUGAGCAGUGACUCGGGCAACUCCACAGCCUCUACCAAGACUGACCGGACCGAUGAGCCAGGGGUGCCCGGGGUGCCCGGCGGCCAGGCGGUGCUGAGCCCUGAGGAGAAGCGGGAGCUGGAUCGUCUCCUCGUCGGCUUUGGCCUGGAGAGUGUGCCUCCCAUGCACAACCACGCGCCCGGCCCCGGCACGGCGCGCCUGCCCGCCAUGCCGGGCCGCCAUGUAGUGCCGGCCCAAGUGCACGUCAACGGCAGCGCCGCAGCCUUGGUGGCUGAGCGUGAGACGGAUAUCUUGGAUGAUGAGCUGCCCAACCAGGAUGGGCACAGCGUGGGCAGCCUGGGCACGCUCUCCUCCUUGGAUGGCACCACCACUGCCAGCGAGGCCGGCUACCAGGAGGCACCUCGGAUGGGCAGCCUCUCCUCCCUGCCCAAUGGCCCCUCUAGCUGCAACGGGGGCGAGAAGCUGCUGAAGGAGGGGCUGUACGAUGGCGAGCCGCUCUCCAAUGGCAGCUACCCCUACAACAACCAGAACACCCUGAUGGGCCACCACCUCCGUGACCCGCUGCAUCCCUUGCGGCCCUCGGCAUCCACUCAGGAUCACCUGGCUGGCUACCCGCAGUGCCCGCCAGGCUCCCAUGCCCCGGGCUGGCUCCAGCCCCAGCCACUGCCUGGCUCCCAGCCCUACGUGUAUGGCUACGACCCUGCUGGCACCUACCGCUCCCGGUCCUUCCCGGCGGUGGACACGGCCAAGUAUGACACGACCCCGGCGCUGCCCCAGGCCCCAGCUCGCAGCACCAGCAGCCGGGAGGCUGUGCAGAGGGGCUUGAAUUCCUGGCAGCAGCAAGGAGGGAGCCGUCCGCCUUCCCGGCUGCAGGAAGGCAGCAUGGAGAGCCACAGUCCCAGCGUCUCCAGCUGCAGCCCCCAGCCCAGCCCGCUGCAGCUGGUGCCUCCACACAGCCACAGCAUGCCCGAGUUUCCCCGGGCACCCUCCCGCCAGGAGAUUGAGCAGUCCAUCGAAGCGCUCGACGUCCUCAUGCUGGAUCUUGCUCCCACUGUCCACAAGUCGCAGAGUGUGCCCGCGGCCUCCCGCCAGGACAGACCAGCAGCACCCCUGCUGCCCUCCCUCUCGGCACAGCCUGUCGCUGGCCUCUACGCACAGCCAGCCCUGCAAGCAGUCCAGCCGAGGUCCUUCGGCACCUCCAUGAGCCCCGUGGUCUCUGAGCCUGGGGGCAAAACCUGUUCUCCUGGGGAGCCGGACUAUGGGGUACAUGAGUACCGGGAAACAUGUCUGCCCUACAGCUACCAGCCAACAUCAGUGCCAGAUCCAAGGAGCUAUAGCCACAGCCCAGCUGGAGCAGCGAUGGGCACGCUCCCGCUCAGCACCUCUUACAGCCCCGUGGGGUCGCAGCAGCUCCAUGUCUCCUCCCUGCCUUCCCCCACCAUCCCAGCACAAACCCAGAUGCCUGUCAAGGGACCAGAGAGCUAUGAAGAUCUGUCAAGGUCAACAGAAGAACCCUUGAAUCUGGAGGGGCUGGUGGCCCACAGGGUGGCAGGGGUGCAGUCCCAGGAGAAACCCCCCGAGGAGAGCACCGUCCCUUCCCGCAAGCAGACCCCCAGUGACAGCCACUAUGAGAAGAGCUCUCCGGAGCCCAGCUCGCCCCGCAGCCCCACCGUCCUCUCGCCGGAGGUGGUCAGCACCAUCGCGGCCAACCCUGGAGGGAGGCCCAAAGAGCCUCACCUCCACAGCUACAAGGAAGCCUUUGAAGAGAUGGAGGGUUCCUCCCCCACCAGCCCACCCUCCGUCGGCGGUGAGAUUUCUUCCCCUACCCCAGCCUUCCCUGUCUCUCCACAAACCCCUUACUCUGACCCCUCACGUUCUCCUCCUGGCCUGGCCAAGACCCCGCUCUCAGCACUGGGACUGAAACCUCACAACCCGGCCGAGAUCCUGCUGCAUCCAGUGGGAGAGCUAGAAGGAGAGGCAGGCGGUGACUCUGAAGAAGAGCCCAGGAGCUACGUCGAGUCAGUGGCCCGCACAGCCACGACGGGCAGGGGAGGGAGCUUGCCCACUGCCCAGCCCGCUGGCCCUGAGGGACCCUCCAGGAACGGCACCUUCAGCAACUCCUUCACCGCCCCCAGCCCCAUCUCCACCAGCAGCCCCAUUCACAGUGUGGAUGGGGCCUCCCUCCGCAGCUACCCGUCAGAGGGCAGCCCCCAUGACACGGUUACACCUCCCCACACCGCGGCCGAGCCCGAUUACCGGUCGCCUGUCGGCUCUCAGAUGGCCUCUGCUCACAGCAGCUACCAAAACUCGUCUCCAUCUUCCUUUGCAACGGUCCAAGGUGGUGUCCCGAGCUCGAUGUACACCAGCCCCGACUACCCUGAUGGCCGAGCCGGCCUCCAGCCAGACCUCCAAGCUCGGCCACAGCCGCAGGUCAACGUGAUGGGGGUCCACGUCCUGCCAGGGAGCCCCCGCACGCUGCACCGGACAGUGGCUACCAACACGCCGUCCAGCCCUGGCUUUGGGCGAAGAGCCGUCAACCCCAACAUGAGCAGUGCUCCUGGCAGCCCUGGGCUGGGCAGACACGCUGUGGCGGCCCAUGGCAACCUGGUGGCCCCGCCAGGCAGCCCCAGCCUGGCCAGGCAUCAAACCACCACAGCCCUUCCCCCCGGCAGCCCCCUGUACGGCUACCCCAGCCCAGAGGAGAGGCACGGCACGCUGUCUCGACAGAGCAGCUCCUCCGGCUACCAGCCUCCCUCCACACCGUCCUUCCCUGUCUCGCCGGCCUAUUACCCUGGCACGAGCACGCCGCACUCCUCCUCGCCAGACUCAGCCGGGUACCGCCAGGGCAGCCCCACGCUGCAGCCUGCGCUACCCGAGAAGCGGCGCAUGUCGGCCGGGGACCGCUCCAACAGCCUCCCCAACUACGCCACCGUCAACGGCAAGGUGUCCUCGCCCCUGUCCAGUGGCAUGUCCAGCCCCAGUGGUGGGAGCACCGUCGCCUUCUCCCACACCCUGCCGGACUUCUCCAAGUUCUCCAUGCCGGACAUCAGCCCCGAGACUCGUGCCAACGUUAAGUUUGUGCAGGACACUUCCAAGUACUGGUACAAACCAGACAUCUCCAGGGAGCAGGCCAUUGCACUGCUGAAGGACAGGGAGCCGGGGGCUUUCAUCAUCCGAGACAGCCACUCCUUCCGGGGAGCCUACGGCCUCGCCAUGAAAGUUGCUUCUCCGCCUCCCACGGUUGUACAGCAGAACAAGAAAGGAGACAUCACCAACGAGCUGGUGAGGCACUUCCUCAUAGAGACCAGCCCACGGGGUGUGAAACUAAAAGGAUGUCCCAAUGAGCCCAAUUUUGGCUGUCUCUCGGCACUGGUGUACCAGCACUCCAUCAUGCCCUUGGCUCUGCCUUGCAAGCUGGUUAUUCCUGACCGAGAUCCCAUGGAAGAAAAGAAAGACACCGCAUCAGCCACCAACUCAGCCACGGACCUCCUCAAACAGGGUGCGGCCUGCAAUGUCCUUUUCAUCAAUUCUGUGGAGAUGGAGUCUCUGACGGGCCCCCAGGCCAUCGCCAAGGCUGUUGCCGAGACGCUGGUUGCCGACCCCACGCCCACGGCUACCAUCGUCCACUUCAAAGUCUCCGCACAAGGCAUCACCUUAACAGACAACCAGAGGAAAUUGUUCUUCCGACGACACUACCCCCUUAACACCGUCACCUUCUGCAACCUGGACCCCCAGGAACGAAAGUGGACUAAAACCGAUGGCAGUGGCCCAGCCAAGCUCUUCGGCUUUGUGGCCAGGAAGCAAGGGAGCACCACAGACAACAUCUGCCACCUUUUUGCCGAGCUGGACCCAGACCAGCCGGCUGCAGCCAUCGUCAACUUUGUCUCCAGGGUCAUGCUUGGCUCUGGCCAGAAGAGAUGAGCUGGCACUUGUGGGUGAUUCUUGAAUUUUGGAGAAGGACUUGGAGCUGAUCCGAGAAGGAAUGUGAGGAAGUGCAUUGUGGGAGAGGGAAGUGAAUCGGGGGGGGGAAAGGGAUGGCAUUUUGGAGGAAAAUGGCAAAUGACAAAAAAAAAAACCCAACCCAACAAAACCCCUAAAAACUCAACACAAGCCAAAUACACACAUAGAGGAACCAAAGCCACGCACCUACAUAAGAGAGCCACAAAGUCACGCCAGGCAGGAUGCACAUCCCGUCGCAGGGAAGGCGACCAAAGCGAAAGUGGCCGUGGGAGGCAUGUUCCCAGCUUUUGGCAUCACGGUCCUGAGCGGUGACAUCCACUCGGGGCUGACUGUGGGACCAUGACUGGUGUUUUCCAUCUGGGAAAAAACCAGAGAGACAGCUGGCAAAACCCAUGGAAGAAGCUUCAUCCCAGCAGCUCCAUUAGUGAAUGUCUGCUGUGUGUUUGAAAUGACCUGUAGGAGAUAGCGAUGUGGGCCACAUCUGUGGGACACUGGAGGAGAUGCCCCUCAGAAACCGUCCCUUCUCCGACUGCAGUGGAGGGUCCUCACUGGCCCCCUGAAACUUGCCAGCCACCUGGCAACUUGCUGGGGGCGUGUUGAGGGGCUUGGUCCUGAACCCGUCCAUCCUUGGGGAGCUCGGCCAUGGGUUGACCUCCACUGCCGACCCAGAGCCCAGCGCCGGUCACAGGUGAGCAACUGUGAGUCCACCUGGAGAGGGAGAUGUUGGCAUUUCCCCAGCUGCCCGGAGGUGCCUGUGCCCCCCAGCCUGAGUGGAGCUGGCGAGUGGGUCUCCUGCUGCCUCAUGCCUGGGGAAGGCAGACACUGCCCAGGAACCUCCCCGGAGGGUAUGGAUAAGUCGCUUCCUCUUCCAUCUUCCUCUUUUCUCUCCCGUCACUGGUCCUCUUUGGCAGUUUUCUCCUGCGGCCCGUCUCACUUUCCCUUUAACACACACACACCCCCCAAAAAAACCCCAGCAACAAACCAGAAAGGAAAGAAAAACAUUGUAAUAAUAAUAAUAAUAAUAAUAGUAACUAUAAUAAUAGCGGAUGCUGGCACAGGUGGGUUCCUUCCCUGUGUGAAGCAGCAGGCCCGUGGCUGCCCCGGUCUCGCUCUUCGGAGAUGCGCAAGCAGUUUUUAAAUUGCAUGGACAUUGCAGUUGCACGAAAGGCGAAUGAUUUACAAGUAACUCAGGCGCUUUUUUUCUCCUUUUGUUUUGGAGGCCACGUUAAAAAAUACAAAAAAGAAGGAAGAAAAUUUAAAACAAAAAGAAAAAAAACAACAAAAAAGAAAGGACCUGCAGUCGCCGGGCAGCUUUGGCUCAGUGGGGAGGUAAAAGGUCCUCCGAGAGCCACCCCACUCGGCAUGCAUGUGCCCCCAAAACUGGCUGUCUGGAGGCUCGUGCCCCCUGAGUGCGCUGUAGUUUUGCAGUGGCCUUGGCCCGGUCGGCCUUUCCCUUUGCUUUGGGAGGUUAGGAGGGCCAGCCAAGGGGGUGAAAGGGGCCAAGAGCCUCUGUGCCCCCAUGGGGUGGGGAUUGUGGUUGAGGUGCAGCCAGCAAAGGUCCCUGCUGUGGGGUGGAGGCAGAAGAUGCUUUGGUCACAUGUGCAGGUUUGGGGCAGGGGGAACAGUCUGAAUGGAGCCGUGGGGUCACUGCUGAGCCCUCUGCUGCAAAUAUCCCCCCGCGAGAGCUUUCUGGGAGAAGUUUUCAGUGGAAAGUGGUGCAGAUAGUCUAUUGGGGGCAAAAAUUAGAAACUUAGCACUGCAGCCCCCUCCUGCUGAGAGCUUGUCUUCCUUGGACCGCCUUUGCCUUGAUAGCUAUAGUAUAUAUAUACACAAGCUAUACUGACAAAAUACUGUAAGCUAACAAAAUUUUAAGGAGGAAGAAAAAGGUUCAAUUUACUCUCCGAGAAUAUUUAUUUUUGCCAUAUUGCUUUCUGUGCAUUGUAACUCCCCCAUUAUAUCUCCCCCCACUUCCCCUGCCCCAGGGAAACACCUGCAUGUUAGAAGAAGCUCCAGAACAAGGAAAAUUAGGGAUGGGGGAAGAGGCACAGGGGCCCCCCAACCCCCCCAGUGUCGGGGUGAUGUGUGUGUGAGCGGUGUGUGUGUGCGCGUGUGUACUGUGGGUGCCCGGACGGGGCUGGUGUGGCCGGAGGCUGGACCGAUGGACCAGAGCGAGCGUGGAAGGAUGCGUAGCGAGGAGUUGGUUGUGAGAUGUCAGCAGGUCAGGGGGCUCUGGGCAGGGAGGCUUUCCCCCUUCCUGGGCUCCCUGGCCGCAGGGAUGCAGAGACCUUUUCGUUAUUGAUGUGUCCAAAAAAGCGAUUCCCUCCUUCUGCGAAAUUCAAGCGAGAUGAGAGGUGAUCUCACCCAGAAUCUCCUCACCCUGCCGUUCACCAAUUAGAGAAGACACUGUGUUUAUAGAUAUAUAAAGAUAUAUUUUUGAAAGCCUCUAUUUUUCAGACUUGGUUUUCUCACUGCUAAGAAACGAGAAGAAAGUAAUGUAAUUUUAUUUUAAUCUGCUGCCUCGGAAAUCGGUGCUUGAAACUCUUUUUUCUCCCCGUACAAAUGAAGCAGAUCUAAGCACCCCAGAGCUGUCAUGUAGAAGCCGACCCCAGCAGAUACCUGCCCAUAGCAUCACGCCUGCUUCGGGUCCCGAGCCGCUCACGGCUUCCCCACUAACCCACUAGCUGAGGAGUUAGACCGUAUCCAAGUCUCUAACAGAAUCCUCUGAUGAUUAUAGUAUUUGUUUAACACAAAGCUAAUCACCUUCCAAUGAUAUAGCCGGGCGUCUGUCAGCUCCCUUUAAAGGCACUUUUUUUCUUUCCCCCUCCUUUUAUCUCCUUUUUAAAGUUACAUUUUUAGGUGUAACUUCCCUUUCUGUCCCUGGGAGAGACCGUCAGCCAGCGCUGAGGAUCGCCCAGGUCUCCAGACUGGUGGGGACCUAAUGUUUAUAUUUUUUUUCCUUAUGAAAGGCACAGAAAAGACUCUUUGGAUUUUUGUGCUUUGGUGUUUUUUGUUGUUGUUGUUUUUUUUCUUUGGUCUUUAAAUGCAGUCAUGGUAUUUGAGAUUCGAGCUUGCACCAGUUAAGCCCAGCUAUACAUCGUUGUAAUCACGCUGCCGUUGUCAGCAGCCGGAUGGUAUCUCUCUCUCGCUCACACACACACACACACAUAAACACACACAUCCCUCCUUCCUGCACAAAGAACUGCAUAUAUUCUUGCCAAAGAUAUCCUUAAAAACGCACUUUUCCCCAUAUAUAUAUAUAUUUUUUUUUUGCGUGUGUAAAUUUAUCGUACGUGCCCUUUUUUGUGUCAGUUUGUUCUUUGGAGAAGCCCCUUCCCACCCAUCCUCCCUUUGCUGUCGAUGUUGCUGUCUGUUGGGAGAUGCUCCUAGGAGGGUUGUUUGCUGCCUGUCCCAUAUGGUAGAGCCUGCAAUGUGCAAAAUGUAGGGUUCAGUGGGGCUCCCUCCAGCUCUGCCCUCCCCCUGCCCCCCUUGGGAGCUAUUUUGGGGAGGUGAUCCUCGUCAUCAUUUGCUGAUGGAUGCAUCCAUCUCAUGGUCUUUGCCAGCCCUGCAUCGCCAAUGGAGAUGGGGAGGGGGUUCAUGGGCUUAAGCAGCUAAAUCGAGCAAAGUUUGGGGUUACUCUGGAUGUAACAUUUACAGGCUGCCUCCUGGUCAAACCACACAUGGAAAACAAACCAGGUAGGGAGGAAAAAAAAAAAACCCCAAUCCAGCCUCCGGGCAUUGAUUUUCCAACGAGUUCAACCGCUUGAACCCAAGCGCAAAGUAAAUCCCCACCCAGCAGGUCGGGCGGGUAAAGAAACCAGUUGCCCCAAAAACCCCAGACAGCAGCAUCAACAAAAGGCAACCCUUCUCGUUGGAGCAGGCAGGAGGAUCAGACAGCAAAGGAGCCCGCAGGGGCUUGUUUCAUUUCGUUCGUUUGUUUUGCAAAUUGAGAGGUUGGUUUGGGGUUACUUUUUUUUUUCCCCUCUUCUUCUUCUUUUCCUUCAAAAGGAAAAAGAAAAAAAGGAAAAAAGAAAGGAAACAGCCCAACGUUUCUGUUGGCAAAUCCUGUGCCUCCCGUGUUAAGCGUGGGGUUUUUUUUUGUUGUUGUUGUUGUCUUUGUUACUUUAGGAAUGUUACAGAUUUAUUUGCUAAUCAGUGUUAAUGAACAGUUUCAAACUUUUAGACUCACCCGUUUCUGUGUAUUUAUAUAGAUGGAUAAAAAAACCCCCAACCCGACGUUAUGUUUUGUAUCCUUGCCCCCAUGAGGUUGUCACGUGUGUCAGGAUGACUUCGGUCACACCGUGUCCGUGUCUGAAUGUGACUCCGCUGUUGUCUUCCCAUUGUACAGAUGAUGGAUUCUUUACAGUUCAUUGUAUGGCUUCAUAAAGUGGUAAAAACCCAACCAACCAACCGAAUCAGUUAUAUAAAAUAUACUGUUGCUUGGAAUGCCAGCUUGGUGUCUGGAUCGCUGGAAAUGUAUCUUGAAAUUUAAAGGAGCGCAGGAAUAAAUGCUUCUGUUCUUUUUGCACAGGGAAAUAAGAGAAAAAAACCCAACUGAAA